AUGGCGUCGGACGGACACCCUCCGGAGAACCUAACAGACCUCUUACGCUCCCUGGAGAACUAUGAUCCUCUGAUUCCUGACGACCUCACUGCGUACUAUCUGCAAAGAUCUGGCGUCAGAAACCCCAACGUCCACGUCACUCGCCUUGUGUCAGCAGCGGCUCACAAGUUCAUAGGAGAGGUGGCCAGUGAUGCUCUACAGUUCUGCAAGAUCCGGCAGGCAGGCAGCAGCAAGGAGAUGAAGGCGAAAGGGCCCAAGGAGAAGAAGCUUGUACUCACUACAGAGGACCUCGCUGCUGCACUGAAAGAGUAUGGUGUGAAUGUGCGGAAACAAGACUAUUUUGUGGAUGGGCCAACUCCAGUUGUGGGGAGAACAGGGAAGCACUAA